AUGAAUAAUCAUACGUUUUCCAGCCGUAAGCGCCUCGAGGAAUUGGCUGCAAGCGUGGGUGUUUCUAUGAGCAAUUAUCUCCCAAUCCUCAAGAGAAACGCCAUUUCUUCUUUUAGCCAUCAGGAUAAGGAAGCGGCUGAGAGCCUUGCAACACGCAAAAGAUUGGAAACUUUCUCGUCGAAGUCACAUAUCUUCCGACGCACCCCAAGCCAACGCAAUUUCAAGAAACAGGAGCUCUAUGUCGCGAUCGAGACCGUCAUCAGGGAAAACGGACCCGUCGGUGUUCUGGAAUGUUUAGUGACGCAAGCCAAAGAUGCAAAGUCUAAAAAGAACAUAUUCAAAACCGAUACCCAGGAGUUCCACGUGGGCCCGCUUCUGGAGCUUGCAAUAGGACAUCGACGGGCCGAUAUGGUAUCAAUACUGGCUCCUCAAGCGGAUCCGGCGUCUGUGAAUAGUUGCCUUCGAUGUGCAACCGCAUCUGCCAAUCUAGAUUGUGUCAAGGCCCUUCUUGAAAACGGGGCAGAUCCAAAUUCUUGCCAAGAAGAGUUCAUUGAAAAUAUAACCAGUGGAAACAUUCCUCUCGUGAAACUUUUACUAAGAGCAGAGAAACGGCUUAACAUUUCGUGUCUUGAUGAAGCCCUUCCGAUAGUGGUAUCGAAAGGACCGCUUCAGCUUGUUAUUAUCCUUCUUCAGCAAGGUGCCAAUGCGGAUUCAGCUGGACUCUUCGAAUCUGUUGUUGAGGGUGGAAGGAUUGAUCUUAUCGCCGCCUUUGUCUCAGCUAAGCGGCCUCCGUCACCAGCAUCUCUCAGCCGCGCUCUCGGAGUCGUUCUCCGUGGGUCAACAGUAGUGACGGAAGAACAACGUUUGAUCAUCGAAAUGCUUCUUUGCGCCGGCGCAUCUGGAGAGAACGUCAACAAGAUCCUAAUGCGAUCAAUCUCUACGAAUGAUGGGAACCUCGCUUCCACGGUGGUUUCGUAUCGCGAGGUGAUCUCAUAUGAUCCUUCGGACGCAAUAAUUGAAGCCGUAAAGAAGAAUGACAUGGAGAUCUUAAGCAUUAUUUUCAAUGGAAAACUUGACAGCGACUGCGCGUCUGCUCUAUUGGCCAAGUUUUCUAAAGUGUCGGUGACUUUGGCGUCAUCGAGAAAGCUUUGGAUAGUGUCAACCUUAGUUAAAUACGGGGCUACUGGCAGCACUUCGUCUUGCCAUGUCCUCAAAAAAAAUCUUCAAAUCUUCAAGAAACUCCUUGGCGGGAAACCAUCUCAACCCUCCUUUUCGCUAUGCUUUCGCUUGUUACCAACAUUACCCCCAAAUUUACAGCUGGAUUUGGCGUCAGAACUAUUAGCUGCUGGGGCCCAAGGUCAAGAGGUCGACAAGACGCUCGCAAGGGUGUUUUCUGACAACGUUACACUCGAACGACACCAGUUCCUUGAGUUACUCGUGAGACAUGGCGCGGAUGUUAACAUCAAGGAUGGUUAUUGUUUCCAAGAAGCAGCAAGAUUGGGAGACAUCGUUUCUCUAAGCAUCUUACUCAAAGGCAGUCUAAGCGAGUUAUCACUUUGCAGAGCUCUCACUCCGGCAAGCAAACUAUCUCCCAAAGAACUACGGUUCACUAUCGUGGAUUUGCUUCUGUCAGCAGGCGCUCGUGGACCAAUAGUGGAUGCGCAAUUGGUUGAGCUAGUUCAGGAAAUUCCUGUCGAUAUCGUUUUGAUUAGUCUAGUUCUCGAGAAAGGGGAAGCAAAUAUCAACAUGGAUGGUGGUAAGCCUGUGCAUCAUGCGUGCCGGAAGGCAGAUUAUAAACUCCUGGAGCUUCUGCUGCAGUAUCGGCCGACAACAAAGACCCUGGACGCGGCUUUCCUUACAGCGACCUCUUUGGAAGACCCUGCCGUUCGUUAUGAGAUAUGUCAUAAGCUCCUCAAUGCUGGUGUAAAAGGAGCAAUGCUGGACAAGUCAUUAAUCUGUGAACAGCAAUCUCCGUCAAGCAACAUGAGUUUACUGGAGCUACUCAUCGAUCAUGGGGCGAAUAUUAAUUUUAACAACGGUGCUGCUAUUCGAAAUGCUAUAAAGCAGUCUGAUGAGCAGCAGCUUGUGCUUUUCGCAUCUAGAAUGCCUUCACGCCAGACAGUAAUGGGUGGCCUGGAAUUAUUGCUCCGUACUAAUACCGUCAAGAGGUACGAGAUGGCCAAUAUUUUGUUGAAUGCAACAGAUAUCUCCGUAUCCGAGGCUUUGAAUCCCAUGCUCCCGGAAGUGAUCAGAUUAGAUAUUCGGAAUCAUCGCCUUCUGAAGCUUUUUAUUCAGCACGGGGCUUCGGUAGAUUAUCAGCAGGGUAUGGCGAUACGCAAAUCGAUCGACAAUGAUUAUAUCGAUGCUUGUGAAUUAUUACUGGGUCAACCUGUCUCUUCGGACACACUUGAAACUGUUUUUGGGUCUUGUUUGGCGAUUGAAGGUCCACGACGUGUUCAAUACACAAAGUUGGUCCUCCAAGCCGGUUUUGAUGGACGAUGUGUAGAUGAAGCACUCCUUAAGAUUGUCCAAGAAAAGCCCUGUGACAUGGAUAUGGUCAUACUUCUCUUAGCGCAUGGCGCUUCGGUCCACUUUGCGAAUAGUCAAUGCAUUGUUCACGCGGCUCUGUCUCGGGAUGAUUUAAUCCUGAGAAUCAUUCUAGAAUCCGUUUCAGAUAAAAUAGCUGUGACAUAUGCGUUUGGAAAGACAAUAUCGGCCGGUAUAACUUGGCUUUCAGCUUCUGGUUUACCAACCAUCGAAUUGUUACUACGCCAUGGUGCAACCGGGGAGGCACUCAAUCUGGCCCUAAUCGCGGCAGUUGGAAAUGCAGCAAUGAACCCCGAGGUGGCAAAGUUUGUAGACCUUUUCCUUGAAUUUGGAGCUAGGGCCGAUUACCAUGAUGGUCGUGCACUGAGAGCUGCGAUUUCAAAAGGCCAAAUUUCGCUGACCAAAAAGAUUAUGGAUACAUGCCCUUCGAGCAAGAGUCUUGCAAUCGGACUCACAUGUGUUUUUAGUUCUGACCUCUCUGAGGAUGUGAGUUUGAAAUUGAUUGAAAUUCUCACUCAAAAUCAGGCCGACGUUGAUGCCGUGGACACUUUGUGGUGUUCUGAUGGAUUGCAAAAAGAAUCUCCCGUUCUUCUAUGCCUUCAAAAAUGGCCACGGGGAACGAAGAUCCUGGAAAAGCUUCUGCAGAGCGGCAUGAACGUAAACCAGAUAACCUCUUAUACGAUUGAGAAUGAUCAUGGACUGGAACAUGUUUCUCUUCUUUUAUGGGCGUUGUUGCAACCAAAACAGCGUAUAAGUUCAUACGCGAUUGAGUGUCUACUGAAGCAUGGAGCGGACCCCAACUUUCAAUCUACAGGGUCUUGGAAGUCCCCUCUCCUCAUAGCAUCAAUCGAAAGAACCCCUGAUGUUGUUUUACAGCUUAUCCAUCAUGGCGCAGAUGUUUCGAGGGGCGACGCGGCUGGAAAGACUCCACUCUUUUACGCUAGUAGACGUAACCAGAUUGAUAUAAUACGCCAUCUUAUCGACGCUGGCGCUACUGUCGAUGAUGGGAGUCUCCAUGAAGCGGCACAGGCCUUGAGCCCCGAUGCUGUUCAACUCCUUAUUUCUUAUGGACAUGAUCCCAACUUUCCAUCAAUGUUACACGAUGGUCGAUGUGCACUAGCAAACUUGAGUCUCCACGCCUCUGAUGCUAGGUUGCCUGUUUCUGGAAUCAGGAAGACCAUUGACGCUCUAAUUGCUGGCAAAGCAGACCUAAGAGCACAGAGUCAGGGAAAAUCUCUCCUUUUCCAUGCAUUGGAUAAUCUAGGAGCCUGUGUCCAUGUCACGACGGCCCUGCUGGCAAGUGGAAUGUGGAAACUAAUUAAUGACAGCUGCAAUAUCUUUACCAGCAAUAACUAUGUCUACUCACCCUCGAUGUACAUCAAGAAGAACCUCCAAAGCAGCCCAAGAGAGCUUGGUCCACAGCUUCUUCAUAUCCUGAAGGCCCACAAUUGUAGGGAUGUGUACUAUCGGCUCACUAGCCCUCAACCGCCAGACAUGGUUAACGCCCCGCCAGAAAUUAUGGCAGAGGAAAGCCGAAGACAGGCCCGAGUCAAACGUCUCCAGGAUCAAGAAGAAGAACACCAAAUGCAGCUCAGACAAAAUGAGGACCUUGCAAAUCAGCAAGACAUACUGAUGACGCGAACACACAAUCUGCGGAUUCAACACGAUCGCGAGCUUGCAGACGAACGAGAGGCAAACGCUGAGCGCUUUGCAAAACAACAGCUUCGUCUUGAUGCCGAAUCUGCAGCGCAACGGUCUCGCCUUGCACAACAAAAUCGUAUGCUAGAAUUUGAACACACGAAGACCCUUAGCCAACUUCGCCUGCAGGCACUCGAACAGCAAGGCCGGCUGCAAAUUGCGAAUGCGCAAGAAGUUGCACGGAUAGAACAGGAACUGGUCGAUAAGAAACUGACCACGGAGAUUCAACGAAUUAGAGAGCUCGAAGCUGCUAAUGACAGGCAGUACAAGAGAGAUGCUGAUAUUCUUUGUAGGCAGGAAAGGCUAUGGGCAGAAAGGAAAGGGAUAAUGAGUGAAGAUAGGGGAAUCACUCCUGGGAAUGCGAGUGGCACGAUGUCCCCAGUGAAGGGGCUAACCUAUCAGGGUGCAGAAUUGGAUUAGCUGAGCAAACUCCAGGCAGCAUCCUUGUUUCAAUGGUGAUAUCGUAUUGAGCAGGUUUCCUAGAAGUGGUAAUUUAGUGCGGAAUACGGAGUACUUUCGUUGAUCUUGCAGCCAUUGAACAUUAUUGAUCAUAUCAA